GUAGAUGUCAAAUAGCUGUAAAGCGUAGAAAAAUUUAUUUUAAAUAUGUCCUUCUUAUGCAGCUGAGUCACUAUGUACUUUCGGUCACGUGUGUUGCAGAGAAGUUCUUUUGUGUAUCACAUUUUGGUAGAAAACUUCCAAUGGCAGUGUCCAAUAUUUGGCAAAUUACAUUUUUCUACAUCUUCUACCUUGCCGAGUAUUGAAGAGAAACGAAAGCUACAGGAAAGUUUCUUGAUACUGGGUGUUGAGGAAGACGCCAGCAUCAAUGAGUUAAAAGAAGUGUACAUCUCACUGGCCAAACAGUAUCAUCCAGACAGUGGGUUAGACGCUGCAGAUGCUACAAAGUUUGGACAGGUCAAGGAAGCCUACAGAGUUAUUUUGAAUCAUCAUAAAUGUAAAGAGCUUGCUGACACUGAAGAGGAGGUGGAGAAAGUGAUUUAUGACAUCAAACACACGGCCCCACAGCACCGGCAGUAUCUCAGUUUUGAGGGAAUAGGUUUUGGCACCCAGAGUCAGAGACAGAAGCAGUAUCAACAGCACAAGGUGUCCAGGGCAGCGGACAGCAUACUGGAACAUCGCAUGCAGCGGUUAGCCGAGCAGACGGAGGAUGCCAUGGUGGUCAAAGACAAAAAGGCAACCAAACACACAAAAAUAAGUAAUGCCAUUGAGCGGAUCGUGGAGGACCUCAUACAGGAUGCUAUGAAUAAAGGUCAUUUCGAAAACCUACCCGGCGCUGGGAAGCCCAUCAACAAUCUCGACCGCAACCCGUUUGUCGAUACCACAACACACAACCUCAACAAGAUCCUUAUCAACAACGGGUUUACGCCGGAGUGGAUCAGACUCCAGGGAGAAAUAAGGAAGGAGACCACCAAGGCUAAAGAAAAACUGGCCGUUUUGAAGAUGAAGUUGGGUAAUCCCCCGUUUAACACUGCUGACAGUGCUAAGUGGAAAGCAGGGGUCAAGUCAUUCCAUGCGGCCAUAAUGGACGUCAAUGAAAAGAUUGACAAGUACAACCUUAUCGUCCCUUUUCUUAAUAAACAGAUGGUUUUCUACAAAUCUGACAAACUCAUGAAACAUGUUUGUGAAAAUUAUGAAAAAUAUUUACCACGUGGUGAUCUUGAUGUGAUCUAUGCAACACACUAUGGUCAUCCUGUAGUUCAGAUGAACUAUCCAGGAUCCAAGAAUAAAAUACACUGGGGUGAAGUGUGGAAUAACAUAAAAGAGGUGUUUCGAUCAUAACCCGACAUUACACUGUACACAGACAAGAUUUCCACUGGAACUGAAAUUGCCAUGGAUAGCUACAUUGAAAGUAGUUGACUUGUAUAAUAGCAUGUCGGAAAUCUUGUAAUUAUUUCUAUACACAGUUUGAUUGUGUGUUGAUUAAUAAGCUAAUCAUGAAAAUCAAAAUGUUGUGCAACCGACUUCAAGACCGAUAACAUCAAAUGGACUUGCUUUCUCAAAUUUCUCCAGUUUCAUGGUAUAGAUGUGGGAACUUAACACAUCAUUAAUUGAAAAGAGAAGAAAUCCCAUUUCCUAACAUUUUGUUGCAGUACACAGACUGAUGAAUAACAAAUAUUUGUAACUUGUCUUUCAGAUGUUUUAGGAAGGGCUGGUUGUCUAACAUAUUAAUACUAAAAGAUUCUUCUUAGGAUCAAGUGAUGCCAAAGCUCUUUCAGAAUAUAAGAAAUUAGUUUAUUUGUAAACAUUAUUUGUGAAGCGUAAGUGAAUUCAUGGACCAGAUAGAUGUGUAGAAUAUCUCUGAUGGUGAUGCCACAUGAUACGAAUGCCUCGUAUGAAAACAGCCCCGAGAAUAACCAACUGCAUAACCGUUGCCUUAAGUCAUAAAAACGGCAUACUGGGAUCAUGAUUGGAAUAAUAUAGAAUGUUUUAGUCAUGAAAAUGAUUCAUGAAUUGAAUCAUGUUCAAAUACAGAUGCCGAUCCAGAGACAGGAGAAAUGAAUGAAGGAAGGAAAUGUUUUAUUUAACGACACACUCUAACACAUUUUAUUUACAGUUAUAUGGUAUCAGACAUAUGGUUUAGGACCACACAAAGUUUUGAGAGGAAACCCGCUGUUGCCACUACAUGGGCUACUCUUUCCGAUUAGCAGCAAGGAAUCAGACAUAUGAGAAAUACACAUAGCAUUUGACACACUAUAGACGGUAUGUAUAAGUUUUUUGUUGCAAGCACUUACUCACUGUUUGGCUGGUUCUUGUUGUAUCACCAUCUAACAUAAAGUAUCAGGUGCCAAACCAGGCUGGCAAGGAUUUAGUGUUGACAUGAAGUGCUCAUUUUUAACUGAAUAAAUAGCAGAUUCUGACAGUCACAUUGAGCAUUGUUAUGGAGAUCUUUAUAAAGGCUACAAAUCUGUUGACUUAAAAUUUUUGUGACGUGUAACAUUUGGGCAUGUAAUGAGAAUGUUUGCAAGUCUGAAUUUAAUUUACUGAUGAUGUAGGUAUUUUGGCGUGUUGUUGUUUGCAUUUUGUGGUAAUAAAAUGGAUUUUAGUCCUAAUUAUCAUUUAAUAAACAAAGUUCUAAAAAUCAUGACAAAAAGCUGUUGACAAAUUAA